AUGCUUGAAGCCUUUGCUGCGGAUCACGUUGUAAUGGAUUCGUUUGGUAUUGCAAACCCGGAUGCUCGAAACGGAAAAUAUAAAGCAAAGAUCAUAGACUCCAAGCAACUAGAAAGGAAAACAUAUGCCAACAUGACACAUUUUAAGACAAGGCUUCCAAGACAACACCACAAUGCGGAACAAAGCAUAUCGCUUAUCAUAGCUCGAAGACCGGAUCUGGAAGAGGAUCGAAGCCCGGAGCUCGGAGGACUGGAAGUCCGGAACUCUGAAGAGGACUCGGACUCACUCGUCACUCGAGUGGAGAGUGAAGAACAGGAGAAGAAAAGUGAAAAUUUGAGAGUGCGAGAGUGA